GGCCGGAAGUCGGCGUAGGAGCAGCCGGGAAAAUGGCGGCGUCCGCGAGCGCUGGAACGGCGCGGCGGCUCGGCCGCCGGGGCCGGGGCUCCCCCAGGCAGCCCCGGCGCGGGGUACGCCGCGGGCCGGGGGGCGGCACCGAGGGGGCCCUGAAGCGGCUAAAGCUCGCGGUGGAGGAGUUCGUGCAGGCGAGCUCCGAGGCUGAGAUCCCCGGCGGCGCCGCGGGGCCCCCCACGGGCGGGCGCGUGCGGCCGGGCGGGAGGAAAAGCCGCAAGGAGCUGAGGAAGGAGAAGCGGCACCUGAGGAAGGCGCGCCGGCUGCGGAGGACUGCGGGGCUCGCGGAGGGCCCGCGUGCGGGCGGCGGCGGCGGAGCCGGGGGAACGGGCGGCCCCGGGGCGGCGGCGGCGGCGGCGGGGGAGGGCGGCCGACCGUCCCCUCGUCGGGCCCCGCCGCCGCCGCCGGAGGAGCUGCGACCUCCCCAGGCCAAGGGCGCCCGGGCCCGCCCCGAGCCCAGAGCCCCCCCCGGGACCCCCCGGCCCUCUGCGGCCGCCGCUGCCGCUCGGAAACGGGCACUUCUGGCGGCCAACGAGGAGGAGGACCGGGAGAUCCGGAAGCUGGAGCGGCGCCUCGGCUUGAGCAAGCGCAAGAGGAAGGGCGGCGGGAGCUCCGUGCCGCUCAGCUUCGCCCGGGAUGGGCUCGACUACCUCCUGGGGGCCCUGGAGCCCGGACCCCGCGGCGGCUGGGGCGAAGGCGGCCGCGCGGGGGACGACGAGGAGGAGGGGGAGGAGGACGGACAGACGCUGCGGGACGGCGGCACCGACGGCGGCACCGACAGCGGCACGGACGGCGGCACCGACGGCGGCACGGACGGCGAAGGGCAGCACGAGGCAGAGGAAGAAGAGGGCCGGCCGGGAGCAGAAGCCGGAGCAGAGACCGAGGACGCGGACGGGGACGACGACGGGCGACCAGCCCCGCAAGGGCGAGCCGCGUGCGGAAGGAGCGGAAGGAGAGUCCGUUUUGCGGACGGAGGGAGGGAGCCGGCCCCGGAGGACCCGGGCGCAGCGGACCAGCAGAGUCUCUGUGAGAACGAGGGCAAGUACAUCCCCCCUCACGUGAGGCAAGCUGAGGAGACCGCGAGCGGUCAGAGAAAGGAGGGCCUGCAGAGGCUGCAGAAACAUGUCAAAGGUCUGAUCAACAGGUUGAGCGAGCCGAGCGUGGCCUCCAUCAGCGGGCAGCUGGAGGAGCUGUACAGGGCCCACAGCAGGAAGGAUGUGAACAGCACCCUGACGGGCGUCCUCCUGAACGCCUGCGCGCCCGCCACCGCUGUGCCCAGCCGGCUGGUGAUGGAGCCCGUGCUGGUGCUCAGCAUCCUUCACCACACGGUCGGGGUCGAGGUUGGUGCUCACUUUCUGGAGGCCGUAGUGAAGAGGUUUGACGCCGCCUAUAAGAACGGAGGCGAAGGGAAGGAGUGUGAGAACCUGCUCACCGUCGUCGCUCAUUUGUAUAACUUCCACGUGGUGCACGCUUGCCUGGUCUUUGACAUUUUGAAAAAGCUUAUUGGGACUUUCACAGAAAAAGAUAUUGAACUGACCCUAUUAAUGCUGAAAACCGUGGGCUUCUCGUUGAGAAAAGAUGAUGCUCUGUCACUCAAGGAACUGAUCGUGGAGGCCCAGGCCAAAGCCAGUGCGGCCAGCGGCAAGUUCCAGGACCAGAACAGGGUUCGGUUUAUGCUGGAGACCAUGUUGGCGCUGAAGAACAAUGACGUGCGGAAGAUCCCGGGCUAUGACCCUGAGCCUGUGGAGAAGCUCAGGAAGUUACAGAGAGCGUUGGUGCGCAGCGCCGGCUCGGGCGCCGAAACUCAGCUCCGCAUCUCCUGGGACAGCAUCCUGAAUGCCGAGCAGACCGGCCGCUGGUGGAUCGUGGGGUCCGUGUGGACUGGGGCCCCUAUGAUUGACAACGGUCAGCAGAAGAUCGCAGAGAAGCCACCCUCGGGGACGGUUAGUGGGAAGAUACUAGAACUCGCCCGAAAGCAAAGAAUGAACACCGAUGUCAGGAGGAACAUAUUCUGUACGAUAAUGACUAGUGAAGAUUUCUUGGACGCGUUUGAGAAGCUUCUGAAGCUGCGGCUGAAGGACCAGCAGGAGCGGGAGAUAGUUCAUGUCCUCGUGGAUUGCUGCCUUCAAGAGAAGACCUACAACCCUUUCUACGCAUUCCUGGCUGGCAAGUUCUGUGAAUACCAGAGAAGGUUCCAGAUGACUUUCCAGUUCAGCAUAUGGGAUAAAUUUCGGGACUUAGAAAAUUUGCCAGCCACUAAUUUCUCUAAUUUGGUUCACCUGGUAGCCCACUUGUUGAAGACGAAAUCACUUCCGCUUUCUAUUUUAAAGGUAGUGGAAUUCGGCGAACUGGAUAAACCCAGAGUCCACUUUUUACGAAAAGUGUUAUAUAUUGUGUUAAUGGAAACAGAAGCUGAAGACCUUGGUUCAAUUUUUGCAAGAGUGAGCGACAGCCCGAAGCUGGGCCUGCUGAGAGAAGGUCUGAAGCUCUUCAUCGGCCACUUCCUGCUGAGGGGCGCGCCGGCGAGCACGAGCGGGGAGGCGGCCGAACAGCUGAGGGCGAGGGCCGACCUCUCCACCAAGGCUCUGCAGGGCAAGGCUUCCCUGAUGAUGUAGUCCCGAAGCGGAGAGGAGCGGCCCACACAUUUCUCUGAAAAUGCCCUUUUUAAACCCAGAAGGCUCGUUAUGCCGCUGGCUGCGUGUGCAGGUGGCAGGGCUCUGCCACGGGCUGCUGUGCUUGAGAUCCUGCGUUUCCAGUAAUUUUUAAAUUCAAGGUCAUACUGUGUUUCUGUUUUAAACGUUCUCACGUAUCUGUUUCCAGGGUGGGGAGGGCAGGACAGGUGGCCACGGGCACGUCCUCCAGUAGAGACAGGGCAGGGUGCGGGUGAGAUCACGUAUGUGGUGGCCUUUUUUUUUUUUUUUUUUUUUUUUUUUAAGAUUUUUAUUUAUUUAUUUGACAGACAGAGAUCACAAGCAGGCAGAGGGAGAGGAAGGGAAGCCGGCUCCCUGCCCAUCAGAGAGCCCGAUGCAGGGCUCCAUCCCAGGACCUUGGGAUCAUGACCUGAGCCAAGGCAGAGGCUUUAACCCACUGAGCCACCCAGGUGCCCCUGUGUUGGCCUUAUUUUUAAUAGAUGGUUCGCUAGACGGUGCAGUGAUAAAGAAUUGGAUGGGUCUUUUAUCUUUUUGAUGGACUGAUUUAAAGUCCAAAAACCAUUAGUUAAAUGUGGUAGCUGAUACCUCAUGGAUUAUUUCACUGUUGGGAACGCAAGCGUGUGGGGAGGGUGAGUGGUUGCCCAAAGCCUUGUGGACGCCUGUCCUGCGUGGUGUGGCUGGGAGCUUCCUGCCGGCACUCAGUGCGGUUCCCACAUGCGAGGGCGCGUCCCAUGUGCCUGUCCCGUGUGUGCCCAUCCCGUACACGCCACACUUUACUCGACAACGUGGACGGCACCAGAGAGCUGUCAGACGCCGGACGGUGGGCCUCUGGGCGAAGUCCUGGGAGUAAGUGACUGGGACAGCACUGCUGCCUGCGAGCUGUGAACACUCAUCUAGCGACAGACACCCCCCCCGAGUACCCUGGGCUCUGGCUGAGUCUGUGCAAAGUCAGUCAUGACCGACGAAUGUCUGUCCUUCUCCGGCUCUUAGAAUCGGCUUCUCUGUCUUAAGUGCUGCGAACUUGAGUUAAGUGUCCCCUGUGGCUACUGAAAAGUUAUCAGCACGUGUGCACGGAAUAGUCUUUUCUGGGGUAUCGACACGAGCCCGGGGGCGGUGGCGCGCUGUCCCGCAGGGGGCUCCCCUGGCCGGAGGGAGGCCACUCCCGUGGAAACCCUUUUUGUCACAGGCUUUCAGACACCGUCUGUACGUGAGCCGACGGCAGCGUGUGUUUGGAAAUGACCACGUGACGGCAGCGUAUCCGUGUGUGUCCCUAAACGGACGGAUUUAAGUCUUGAACGCCCAAGGAGCACGAACAGCGGCCUGCCGGCCUCUCCCAGCUCGUCGGCCCCACCGCCGGCCGCCCCGCUCCGCGUCUCCCAGCUGCUCCCGAGCCGCGUCCACAGGGAACAGAGCGCACCGGCCGGGAGCCUGCGCUUUCUCUGCGGGUGGGGGUCAGGCAGGGAGCCGGCGGGGCUGAGCAGGUGCCCCCCUCUGCUGGGGCUCAGCACAGCCGCCUGCCUCCUGGGGUCGGGCUCGGGAGAAAAGUGCGUCAGUCGAGCGAGACCACCGGUUUACCAACACCGUCGACCUGUGCUCGGCGUAAGCGCCUGCUUCCUCGAUGACCUGCAGACCUGCCCACAAGCCGUUCACAGCAGGGGCAGCCGCUAAGACUGAGAAGAACGGUCCCCGGUCCCUGACACGGCCCUCACCUAGUGGGGGGCGUGGCUGCGCAGGCUGACUUUUUGCAGAAGAUAAACUGGGUUCAACGGAAUCCUCUUUUUAUAUCGUCUUUGUUACUAAAACAGUAAAAGCGGUCUCUUUGCCGUGGGAUGAAUUUGUGACUUCCUUCCUGACGACCAAUUCUGGCAGGUAUUACGUGGCAGGCCGUCCGUUAAUGUCUCCUUUUUCAGUGUAAAAGCCCUUUAUAGCAGCACACUGUCACGGUAUCACAUGUUAGUAUGCUCUCAGUGAGUGUAUCUUGACCAAAAGCUACUGUGAACUCAGAUUUGCUUGUAAAUAUGUGGGUUUUCAAAAUGUAUUAUGGUAGGGGCGCCUGGGCGGCUCUGUGAAGCCGCUGCCUCCGGCUCAGGUCAUGCACGACGCCACGGGUCCUGGAUCGAGUGGGCUCCCAGCUCAGCAGGACGUCUGCUCUCCCUCUCCCUCUGCCCCUGCUUGUACUCCGUCUCUGACAAAUAAAGUCUUUAAAAAAGAUGAAGUAAAAUUUGACCCUACAGUAUCAUAGUUUAUUAUUUCCCAUCUACAAUAAAAUGUAUCUUAAAAAAGUAAGAUGUGUUACAGUAAUACUCUGCUCUGGAAAAUACUGUCCCCAGUGCUUGGUAUACAUGGAAAUUUGGGGGCUUCUUGUGGUGCAGGUUGAGAACUGCUAUUGUAUUGACAGAAUUUGUGAAAAGACCUCAUCUUUUAGGGGACUUCGUCUUUUUUUCCCUCUAAGUAAUCUCUGCAUCCAGCCUGGCGCUUGGACCCUAAGAGCAGGAGUCAAAUGUUCUACCGACUGAGCCAGCCGGGAGUCCCUAGGGGAUUUCAUCUCUAAAACAGAAUAAGGAACAAACUUUUUAAUGUAUUAAAAUGUAUAAAUAAAGUAAUUUUUUGUAUUUUA